GCGCCACGCCGUCGGCGGCAAAAAAAGUCUACGGCCCUAAUCAUCUUACAUACACAUAACCUCACCUAACCUAGAAUCUAUGUCGGUGAACUGUAAACAGUUCUAGCAUCUGAAGUAUUGUUUGAUGGUGAAGAAAUGAGUGAUCGAGCAAUAAAGUGAAUUAACGUCGAAAUGGAUUCACAAAAACGCAAGAAAAAUUACUAUUCAGGACAUCACAAUUAUCAGAAGAAACGGAAACAGUAUAAUUUGGAGCCAGGAAUCAAAGGCUUUUUUUGCACGUGUAAUUUCCGAGAAAAAGACUGCGUUCGCGAAGUGUACAGUGUACUGUCAGAAUAUGCAGAUAAUCUUUAUGGUAUUGAACAGACUGAGCUUUGUACGCGAGCAUCAGAUGAAACAGCCUCGACUGAACAAAGUGAGACAGAAAAUGGUAAUGAGAAAAUAUCACAGGAAGAGGAAGAUUCAGUGGAUAUUUCAGAAGCAUUGAAGAAAGAAGUUGCUGAACUGAAGGCAGAAUCUCAAAAGCCUGUGAAUUUACGUCGUUUCCAAGUUGUAGAUACAGGUGUAAAAAGUGUCGUUUUUAUUAGAACAACCAUACCUAAUCCGCUGGAAUUAGUUUCUACUAUCAUCAAAGAAUUGUAUGAAACAAAAAAACAGAGAACCCGAUAUCUGAUGCGGUUGCUGCCCGUUGAAAUUGUUUGUAAGGCAUACAUGGAUGACAUAAAAUUGAAGGCCAACACAUUGUUUGAAAAAUAUUUUGCCCAAGAGCCAAAAACAUUUGCCAUCAUAUUCAAUCGGCACAGCAAUAACAGCAUUAAACGGGGUGAAUUAAUAGAAGAUUUGGGUGACAUCAUCGCAAAAAAAAAUCCCGGCAAUAAAGCAGACCUAAAAAAUCCUGAACUUGCCGUUGUUGUAGAAGUAAUACGUGGAGUAUGUCUGCUGUCAAUAGCUCCCAGCUAUUAUAAAUACAAGAAGUACAAUUUACUGGAAAUAUGUGGAGUCAGGGAAUCAGAUAAAAAGGAGUCUGCUAACGCUGCAUCACCAGAACCAAUGCAUUCUAAGCCAGAAGAAGAAUCCACAGAAACAGAGGAGUCAAAAAGUGAUAAACCAGUAGAGUUGCCAGUUGAUGUCUAAUGCUAAAAGAAAAUCAACAAGAGGAUUACUAUUGCAGGAUUCAAUGAUUUCCUAUGAAAUGAUAGUAAUAACAACAACCACAUUCUUUAUUCGAGUUUUUAUGUACAUCGGUAAUAUUUCAUAUACAUUUAUCGGUCAACAACAGUAGUAAUCUACUUGCUUGAACACUUUUCGAUAGAAAAUUUCAUUACAUUGUCAACUAUGUAAAAUGUUAUUGUUUCUUAUACUUUGACCUGCUGUGAUUGCUUUAGAACAAUUGAAAGUUAUUCUAAUUUUGUAAUAUUUAUCAGGAUAAAUAUCUAUGAAGUACAGAUCGCCACAGGUCAAGAUAAUGUAGCCACGCCAGGCAAAGUGAAUUUUCCCAACAUGAGAAACUUAUCAUCGCAAAUGUUCGUUUGCGUACAAUUUACAAGUA